AUGAGAUAUUUCUUACCUCAUCAGCUUGAAGAGAACCUGGUAGAGGCAAAGGAGCAAGCAUUCCACUUUUGUGAAAAGAAGACUAGACCAGAGAUGACUUUUGAUGGAGAUGGAGAGACCUCAAGAAAGCGAAAGCGGAAUAAUUACUUCAAAGAUUAUUAUACCAAUCUCACUCAAGAAGAGCGAAAUUCUUAUAUAAAUAGAUCCAUUGAGAAUAGGCGUGAAUCAAGUCUCGGUGCAUUGAAUGAUCAUCAUAGUCCUGCUAAACGACGAGUCAAGUGGUUACUUCGUGCUACACAAUCAGAAUAUCAAUUUCAAGGAAACACAUUCUAUAAUCCUUCAUGCUCAGAGUUACAUCAAAUGAAAGUAGUCCCGCACUGUAUUCAUUGUGGAGCAAAGAAAUUCGAACAUGAAGUCCCAACAUUUUGCUGCGAUAAUGAACGAAUCAAAUUGGCUUCAACGCAUGUCCAUCCAACUCUUUACUCAUUGUUCAAGUCCAACACUACAAAAGCAAUAGAGUUCCGUAAAAAUAUCCGAAAAUACAAUAAUCUAUUCUCAUUCACCUCAUUUGGAGCUACUAUUGAUAAAAGUUUGGCAUCAUCGACGAACGGUGUUUAUACAUUUCGAGCACAAGGGCAAAUUUACCACCAUUUACCGGGUUUGAUACCAAACACAGAUAAACCUGCUUUUUUCCAAUUGUACUUUCAUGAUUGUGAUAAUGAGCUUCACAAUCGAAUGAAAAUAUUGCAAAAUAACAUAAUUGAUGAGGGCGUUAUGAAAAUGGUAAUGGAAAUCUUGAAAGAUAAUCCAUAUGCUAUUUUCCUUCGUUCAUUGAGAGAUCUUGAAUCAUUCAAAGAUAUCCGUGUUUGUAUUGCUACAAAUACCAACCUUGAUCAACGGGUCUAUAAAACACCAACAUCCAAUGAAGUUGUUGCCAUAUGGAUUGAAGGGAAUAAUUCAAAUGUUCCAUUUGAAAGGGAGAUUGUGAUUCAUGAACACUCUGGUCAAAGACAUUAUGUGAAGCAUUAUUAUGGUUGCUAUGAUCCAUUGCAAUACCCGCUUUUAUUUCCGAAAGGUGAAUCCGGAUGGCAUCAAAAUAUCAUAAAAAUUGAUUGCUCCAUCUCCAAACAAAACAAUAAUUCAAGUCAAUUUCGAUUCUCAUCGGUACAAGAACUAUUACAACAAGAACAGACAGGUGUCACUAUGCCAAAGCAAUCUCAUGUUUCAUGCAGAGAAUAUUAUUGCUACAAGUUACAAAUAAGAGAAUCAGAACCAUCUGUGAUUUUGCUUACUGGAAGAUUGUUACAACAAUUUGUAGUAGACAUGUAUAUCAAACUUGAGACAACUAGACUUGAUUACUUUCGGAACAAACAAUCAGAAAUAAGAGCUGAAGUGUAUUAA